AUGGCUCGAAUUCUCAGCCUGAAGUCUACCUACAAGUUAAACUCGGGCUUCGAGAUCCCACUCUUAGGCUUCGGGACAAGCUCCGUCGUACAACAGGCGAUUGCAUAUGGUUAUCGCGCUGUAGAUGCUGCAGCAUUCUACCAGAAUGAAGCCGCUUGUGCUGAUGGCUUGCUGAAGUCUGGUGUUCCCCGCGAACAAUUCUUCUACACUUCGAAGGUCCCACCAAACAUGGUCUCAUACGAGGGAGCGAAGGCUGCUAUCAGUCAGAGCUUUAAUGAAGUCCUAGACUUAAAGUACAUUGAUCUUAUGCUCCUUCAUGCUCCCUGGGGAGGAUCAGAAGGCCGUUUCGGCGCAUGGAAAGCCCUCGUUGAAGCAGGGGAGGUAGGGACAGUUCGCAGUAUUGGUGUGUCGAACUGGGGCGUUGCGCACCUUGCUCAACUAGAGCAACACAUUACAGAGAUAGAUAGCCAGCAGGGCAAGGGCGGUGUUCUCAGUGUCAACCAGAUCGAACUGCAUCCGUGGUUACCACAUAGGGACAUUGUUGAGUGGUGCAAGAAGCACGGUGUGAUUGUGCAGGCAUGGGCACCUCUAGCUCAAGCAACCCGCUGGGGUGACAAGACAAUUCAGAGUAUUGCUCAUCGCACAGGCAAAACCGAGGCACAGAUACUUCUUCGAUGGAGUCUGCAAAAAGGUUUCAAUCCGUUGCCAAAGAGUGUUACGGCAUCUCGCAUCGCAGAAAAUAUCAACAUCUUUGAUUUCACACUCUCAGAAGCUGAGAUGGCUGCCCUUGAAACAGACGAGUACGAUUUCCAUGGUUGGGAGUAA